CCGUUGUGGUCCAAGCUGCACGGGACGCGGGCGCUGCGGCGAGGCAGCGGCGCGGACGUGGCUCGAGCUCUCCCGCCUCCAGCAGGGAGCUGUUCCCAGGCCGCCGUCGAACUCAUGAGGCUGCCCGGCAUCUGGGGGCCGCGGGAUCUCAGCGCGCCUCCGGACGACCAGCGCAGCCAGGGCCCGCUGCGCGUGGGAGAGCGGUGGAAUCAGAGGCGGCGUGAGGUAGAUGAGCAGCUGCGGCGCGAGCUGAAGCUGCCCGAGUGCUUACCAGGCCCACCUGCCACUGCGAGGCGCUCCCCAGCGAGCUUCGGCAAUCCCCCGCCAGCGCCCAAGCCGCGCACGACGAGGACGCAGCCGCCAUCCACCCCAGGGCUGGAGAGCCAGGAGAGCCGCAGCCGCGAACUCGGUGGAGCGCCGCAGAUCGUGUCCUCGAGAGCGCGGUCGGGCGCCCGUACAGCGAGCGGCGCGCCUCGGCGGCCCACGCGGGGGCGCCAGGGCAGCCCGUGCCCUCGCCCACGCCGCCACCCGGCACCGCGCCGGAGCGCCCGUGGGCGCGGCGCCCGUACACCGACGGCGCGCGCCGGGCGAGGAAGCGGAGCCGCCGCGCGG